CCUCUGAUUCCCCCGAGGGGAGGAGACCGACGCUUGUCAUCAUUAAAGUUCGGGCCUUUUCCGCUCCUGUCGAAUCCCUCUCGCCACCGCAAGCAGCCCUUUUCCGAGCCCUAAUUUCCGCCAGAAAUCACUUGGGUCAGUUUUCUAGAUGCCAAAAGCUGCUUGUGAAUGGUCAAGUUAAUUCUUUUAUCGUGCUGGUGCUCGAGGUGCUCAAAUAGCUUUGCAAAUAUUUGGGUGACAGAUUCUCCCUGCUGCGCAAGUGAAAUUUUACUUGGUGUUACGUGAAGUUAGGAGGAGUAGCUAUUCUUUUAAGCGUGGAAAGCAAAGUGUUGCACCUUAUGUACAAGGUCACAGGCAAAUGAACAACUUCAUGGUUUGAGGAUCUGAGAAAUCAUCCUGUGUUAGAAACGCCAGUAGCUGUACUUUUGAUUUGGAUGGCCCUGCAAGUGUAUUGUAGGUCAACAAUUUAGGAUGUUACUCAGGUGCUUUUAUCAACAUGUGCAGACAUCAAUGAUUUGUAAUUAGUUCCUGUCAAGAAUCAAGCAGCUACUCUGUGUUGCUUCCAUCAGAUUUCACAUAAAUACAUGAGAUGGGUGCUCUUUGUUGUGUACCUGUUGGGCCACAUGGACCGAAAUCUAAUACAUCUGGAAGAGAUUGUUCCAUUGAUCCAAGUGAACCUCACUGGCGGACCAAUUCAAGCUACUCACCCCAUUUGUCAAGGAGAUGGGACUGCAGUUCUCAGUCGGAUGAAUUAUCUAAUAGAGUUCAUGAAGUUCCUAUUAGUGGAUCUUCAAUGUCUUUGCAUAGUAAUGUCAGACAUAUUGGGAGCAGUGACCUAAAUCAUCACCAUUCUGUGUCUGAUGGGGCACUAUCUUAUUCAGAGAGCCCAUCUGACUAUCUCCAGGCACGUCGAUGGACACCAUGUGUGCACAGAUAUGAUCUUGGGGAGUUCUCUACACCUGCAGGAGGUGCAAGGCCUGAAGCUUCUGUCUUUUCCAGGGGCAGUGAGGGAGGUUUCUCUGCUGGGAACAGUAUCGGUUCUCCAUUUUCACCAUUAGAAUCUAGUAGAUGGGCAUCCACCAGCAAGCAGCCAGCCUUCUUUCCCCGACACCUUCCCAGCAGGCGUUCAUUCAUGUCAAAACCCAUUUAUCCACUCAUGUUUCAGAAUCCUGUUUCGGAGGCUGAUGCUUCUGGGAUGGCUGAAGCAAGUACCAGUGGUUCGAGAAUGCCACGUGAAGAUAGUGGGGCUUCGCCCAUGUGGACUGAGAGAAUUUUGAGUUCUGAGCUUAAGUUCCAGAGGGCCCUAACCGACCUUCGAAAGAUGGAGGCUUCACCAGACCUCAGCAUGAGUUCGAGGAGGGAAGGAUUUAGAUGGAGUAAUGCAAGCAGCUAUGAUUUUAGGUUUGAUGGAGACAAUGUUGAUAUCGCAGACACCAUCAACGUCGAGAACCACAGAUGCCCUAGUACCUCAAGAUACCAAAAAUGUGAACUGUGCAAGAGGUCACUGUACCAGAAGUCUCCGUGGAGUUCUAACCGGAUUGUUAGAAGCACCGAUAUGCCAGUUGCUGGCAUACUACCAUGCCACCAUGUUUUCCAUGCAGAUUGUUUGGAGGAGACCACUCCAAAGAGUCAAAUUCACGACCCUCCAUGCCCAGUAUGUCUGAAAGCUGUUGGAAAAGAACAAUCUACAUCCAUCUCGGAACCGCUUCAUGUGGCUUUGAGGUCUGCUUGCAGCAGUCAGGGUGCAGGAGCGUCCACCGGUGCAGGUACUAGUGGCCACUCUAUCUCACAUCAGAUCGAGAAUGACUUGAGACGAAGCAGCUCUCUUGCGACCUCACAAAGGAGAGGUUCAUUGUCGAGGAAUCACAGCAAGAAGCGAUUUUCCUUCAAAGGUAAGAUAGGAAUGGAUCUCCUGGGGGCCAAAAUGUUCAGGACUGGUCAUUGACAACAGCAACCAAUUCUAGACUGCAUAGAUCAUUGAGUUGCAGGUCAGUGUUCCUAUCUCCAUUUUGUGGGUUUGUGGUUGAUGUCCAUGUACAUUAUUACGAACAUAGAAAUCUUGGGAGUCCAAAUUUGAGGGCAUGCCACACACAGUUAAAUGACCAGUGUCACCCUUUCGCUCUGCUGCCACAGCUAUGGACUGUUCAUGUGCUUCCACCUGAAACAUCACUGCUGUGUAUGCUUUCUGUUGUAUCAGGAACUUAAUAACUGCAUGAACAAAGAAGAAUUAGAUGACUCGAUCUAUCAUUCGGCAA